AAGUGAAAAAAAGUUUCUAAAUUUUAAAAAGUAAACAACAACAAAUGGUUACAACUAAUUAACCAUUGCAUCCUAAUAUUUUGAAGAUAACAAGCUGGACUCAUCUGAUUGUUGAACUAGUGUUUUUGUUUUUAUUUUUUGCUGCCUAAGAAGAAAAAAGGCUGAGAUCCUGAGUGCCCUGGAUAUCCUGCAGCGGUGUGGCCUUGCAGCAGCAGAUAGAGAGAGAGAGGCAGCAUCUUCUCAAAGGCGUGGUGGUGUUUCCCCACUGCUCCUCAUUCACGGCAGCAGCUUCCUGAAGAAUGUGUGCUGCUAAAACUGAGAUGCUUCUACCCACGCUCCAGAUCUCAGAGCCCCUGAGCUUUCCUCAGUCGCCCAUGGAUAGCUACCCCAAGCUGGAAGACAUCAUGCUUCUCCACUCUGCCGGGACACCCUUCCUUGCCGCCUCUGCGCCAGAAGGUGCUGGGUUCGGGACCGGGGAUCCUGGAGAACAGUAUGACCACCUGGCUGGAGACACGCUGCCAGAUAUCGCGGUCAGCUACGAGAAGUCCUUUGUGGAGCAGAGCUACCCCAGCCAGCGCCUGCCCCCACUCUCCUACACUGGACGCUUCACCCUCGAACCCACAGCCACCUGCGGGGGCAGCCUCUGCCCCGAGCCCCUCCUCAGCCUGGUCAGUGGCCUGAUGGGGAUCUCCAACCCCUCUGCUUCCUCCUCGUCCACCUCCUCGGUCAGCUCCUCCUGCCAGGCCAACAUGAGCUGCUCCGCCCACCAUGGGGAAUCCAACCCCAUCUACUCCGCCGCGCCCACCCAGGCCGCCAGCAACUCCAACCUUCUUCCGGAGCAUAGCCAGGCAUUCCCGAGCCCCACAGGCUGUGCCAUCCCAUAUCCGCCCCCAGCCUACGCGGGCGGGAAGACCACCAGCUUCCCGGUCCCCAUUAUCCCUGACUACCUCUUCCCCCAACAACAGACCGACUCCAGUCUGGUGCCCCCUGAUCAAAAGCCCUUCCAGUCGCAAUCGGGGCAGCUCUGUCUCACGCCCCUGUCCACCAUUCGGGCGUUCGCCUCUCAGACGGGAUCACAGGACUUAAAGUGUGUGGAACAGUCGCAGGUAACCAAGCCCCGGCAGGUCCGAAAGUACCCCAACCGCACCAGCAAGACGCCGCCCCACGAGCGCCCCUACGCCUGCCCCGUGGAGAGCUGCAGUCGCCGCUUCUCCCGUUCGGACGAGCUGACGCGCCACAUCCGCAUCCACACGGGCCAGAAGCCCUUCCAGUGCCGCAUCUGCAUGCGCAACUUCAGCCGCAGCGACCACCUGACCACGCACAUCCGCACGCACACCGGCGAGAAGCCCUUCGCCUGCGACGUCUGCGGCCGCAAGUUCGCCCGCAGCGACGAGCGCAAGAGGCACACCAAGAUCCACCUGCGGCAGAAGGAGAAGAAGGUGGAGAAGGUGGUGGGCCCCGUCUCCAUGCCCUCACCUGCAUCCAGCUACCCCUCCCCCGUCACAUCUUAUCCCUCCCCUGUCUCCUCUUACCCCUCCCCAGUACCCUCCUGCUAUGCCUCACCAGUACACAGCUCCUAUCCGACCCAGUCCGCUGCCACCGCCUACCCAUCCGGCACGUUCUCCACCCAAGUAGCUGCCACAUUCCCCUCCACCCUCCCUACCGCCUUGUACAGCCCCCCGGUCAACAGCCCCGAUGGCCAGUCCACCGUCUCCCCAAGAACAACUGACAUCUGCUGAGGUCCUCAGAUUACACGACUCUCAGUUCUGGACAAAAUGACGGAAAAAAACAAAACUGGAAAAGCACUUUUUGCCCGGCUCAUCCCUCGUCUUCAAACACAAAUACGACAAAAGGAGACCUCUCCACUUCUUACGCAAAAUAGACUUUCUAAAGACAAAAAGAUUGAGAGAUUCUUGGCUUCUCUGUCUGCUUAGCAUCUCCAACUCAAGGACAAUUAAGCAGAGAUACGCAUUUAGAGACUUCUACGAUAUACAUAAGGUGUUCGUAUGUCGUAAAUGUGCCAUGUUUUUGCUUUACGUCCGUCGGUACUAUCAAUGUGAAAUGUUUUCGCAUAUUUACAUUGUACAAUUCAGAGUUAGCUGACAUGUAGCUUAUGAAUAUUUCCUCCCUGUCGCGAUUCAUUUCAGGUCUGUGUACAACAAGCAUGUGCGAGAAUCGUUGUCAUUUAAUUUUCUCUUUUCUGUAAAUAUGACAGGUUCAAUCUCUCCCCUUUCUUCACAUGAUUAGGCAUUAUGUUACAAAGAGAAAUGAUCUGUUUGAAAGAGAAACUUGCAGUUUUGGUGCCUUCUGAAAUGCCACUCUGGCUGUUAAAUGUCACAAUUUAAAGUACAUGAACAGAUUUGACGCAUCUGAAAUGAUACUAUUACAUACGUAGGAUUUUAAGGGGCAAUUAGACAAUACUUGAGGUCUCAAUUUCACAACUAGAAUGUAACCAAAAAAGGAAAUUUCAUACCUAUAUUUUUGUAUCAGAAAUGUAAUUAUCUUCAGGGUUGGAAUGUUGUACGUAGUUACCUACUGAGUAGGCAUAAUUUUUUAAAUGUGUUUUACAUGCAACUCAUUAUUUUGUGGUAAUUUCUAUUUUGUAAUUGUGUUUGCUAAAUAAAGUGACUGUUUUGGCUUCAAAACACAUUGAAUGCGCUUUCACGAAUGGGUCAGUUGCUGUUAAGAAUUCUCCUUUCAGAGAAGAAAUAUUAAUAAAGUAUGCAUAAAAUAUC